ACUCACCUUUCUCACGCAUGGCCUACAAUGUCCGUGGCUAAGUCCAGACCCAGCCGAUCGAGCAUAGCUUUUUGAGCGUGUUGGCUGUGCAUGGAUGUCGUUAGGGAUCAGCUCUCGUCUGUUUCUGAUUCUUGUUGUGCGUGGAGCAGGCAGUUGGCUCUUGUUGGCUAGAGAGAGCCCUCUUCCCUUACCACCGUCCCUGAUCCGUCCGUUCCGGAUUCGUUUAUUCAUCAACCUCUGCCUGGGGAAAAAAAGUGUGCCUGAGCGAAGGACUGGAGUGGGCAGGCCAAGGCCAUCCACGGACUUUGGAUCGUGCAGACGUGUAUGAGUGAAGACUUACAAAAACUCGAGCCCGGUGUUCUAGCCUAAUAGAUUGUAAAUUUACCAUUGGGUUGACCGAGAGCGGAUUGAUCGCCCAGGCUAGGGGGCUGACCGCUACCCACGCCCACUUCUAUUCCAUCCUUGGCCUCUGGCUGCCCUGGAGCAGGCUCUUCCAUCCCAGCUCUAGACUGACAUCAUGGCCCACGGACACGGACACGUCCACUAUCCCAAUAAGUCCAUAGAUUGGGAUUCCGUGGAUUGGGAAAAGCUCACACCAGAAGAGAAAUGGAGGUUGGAGCAUAUCAAACUUCACGAGAAACAUCGGGGCCACGAAUCGAUGCACGCGGAAAUGGUCCUCAUCUUAUUCGCAACUUUAGUCAUUUCCCAAAUUGCGCUUGUCAAAUGGAAACAGAUAUAUCCGCAUUCUUAUCAUUUAGCCACACUACUCGGGAUGUGGAUCAUCCCUUUGGUCAUGUCCAUUAAGAAUAAGUGGUGGAGGUUCAUCCUCAUCUGGUUUGCGAUCUCCACGAUUUCAGGAAUCAUCAUGAAACGCGCCGCGGCCAAGCCCAUUGACGGCACCACACCCAGAAUCGUAUACAAGUGGUUCCUUCUUCUGUACAAGGUCUCUUACGGUGUGGGCAUCACGGGGUAUGUGAUAAUGAUGGCCACAUUCUUAGGGUUGUACAUGUUCUUCGGUGUAAAACCCCACGUUUGGAUGGACGUAGGGAUUCUGCUCAUGUUCUAUGCCGUUUAUUACGGAGUCAUGGCUCGAGAUUUCGCUGAGAUCUGCGCGGAAAAAAUGGCUUCCAACAUAGGCUACUAUAAACCCGAAGGCAUCCCUUCCCGGCAACUCGAACAAGACGUGUGUGCCCUCUGUGGAAACAAAUUCCUCGUCAAGGUGGAUCAAGAAGGUGUCAUGGAGAACACAUACAGACUGUCCUGUUCCCACGAGUACCACGAGUUUUGUAUCCGUGGUUGGUGUAUCGUUGGCAAGAAGCAAACCUGUCCUUACUGCCACGAAAAAGUUGAUCUCAAACGAAUGUUUCCAAACCCUUGGGAGAAGCCGCACAUGAUGUAUGGACAACUGUUGGAGUGGCUCCGCUGGUUAGUCUGUUGGCAGCCCAUCAUUCUGGUUCUGGUCCAAGGCAUCAAUUGGGCUCUAGGGCUCGAAUAGCAUUUACCAUUCUGAGACUUAUUCAAGGCUCUAUCAAUCCUUAAUUCACUCUAUUAUGAAACAUGAUUCUGUUCUCUUCGUUUUUCCAUCUUUGAUGUUUUUUCAAAUUUUUUGAUUAGCCACUGUUGAGUUAAACUUGUUGAGUCAAUAAUAAAAAAACAUGAAGUUUCA